GAUGAGCGGCGGCGGGAGGACGGCGCGGCGCUGCGCCUGGCGGCGGGGAGCUGUGCCUGGGCGCCGCUGCGCCGCUCCCCAGUAACUGCGGGAGAGAGAGCGGAGCGCUGCGCCAGCGCUGCAUCGCCGUCACCGCCGUCCGCACGGAUACAGCGGCUUCGUGCUUCUGCGGUACCCGGACCGCUCCGGCCUGGCUGCGGCUGGGGGCAGGCGGGGGGAACAAUGGUGAAGUUUCUGGUGAGUUCUGGCUGCGCCCCGGCCGCCCCGCUGCUGCUGCUCCGCCUCGGAUCACGGUGAGGGGAAAAUGAGCGAGGAGACGGCGGCUGCUAACACCGAUAAUAGUUAUGCACGAGUGCGAGCUGUGGUGAUGACCCGAGAUGACUCAAGUGGUGGAUGGUUACCACUUGGAGGGGGUGGACUAAGCUGUGUCACAGUCUUCAAAGUCAUUCCCCAGGAAGAGAAUAGCUGUGCUGAUUUUCUUAUCCAUGGAGAACGACUCAGGGAUAAAACGGUGGUCUUGGAAUGCACAUUAAAGAAGGACCUCGUUUACAACAAAGUUACUCCAACUUUUUACCACUGGAAGAUUGAUGACAAAAAGUUUGGCCUCACAUUUCAGAGUCCUGCUGAUGCAAGAGCAUUUGACAGAGGUAUUCGGAGAGCAGUGGAGGAUAUUUCACAAGGCUAUCCACCCUCUCAGAAUGAUGUUGAAGUGGCAGAAGACUGCUUUCAAGGAGAGUGUGUGUCACCUGCAGGGACAGAAAGCGAAGCAGGGUGUUCCAGAGCAGACCCAGGACUGGCAUGUGGGCAGAGUACUCAAGAAAAUACAUCAGGUUCAUUAAUGAAAGAUCACCUUUUCCAACAUGAAACCGUAGUUACCAGUGAACCUUACAAUACUUCAAAUGUAAGGCCUUCAGCACUUGAGGAUUUCAACACCAGGAGAGCCUGUUUUCCUAGCCAGCCUAGCCAGGUCCCACUGAAGCCAAUCAGACACGUUAGCUUUCAGGAUGAAGACGAAAUCGUUAGAAUAAACCCUCGUGAUAUUUUGAUACGUCGUUAUGCAGACUACAGGCAUCCUGACAUGUGGAAGAACGACCUGGAGAGGGAUGACGCAGACUCAAAUAUACCAUUUUCUAAAUCAGACAGUAAAAAAUCUGACUAUUUAUACCCGUGUGGGGAUGGAACUAAGUUGAAUUCCCUGAAAGACUCAAAGAGUUCUGUGGUAUUUAAAACUCAGCCUUCCUCAUCAAAAUUUAAAAACUCAAAAAGAAGAAAAGAGGAUGGUGAGCGUUCCCGCUGUAUAUACUGCCAGGAGAGGUUUAAUCAUGAAGAUAACGGCAGAGGAAAAUGUCAAGAUGCUCCAGAUCCUAUUAAAAGAUGUAUCUACCGAGUUAGUUGCAUGCUUUGCGCAGAGAGCAUGCUGUAUCACUGCAUGUCAGACUCGGAAGGAGACUUCUCUGAUCCUUGCUCGUGUGACACUAGUGAUGACAAGUUCUGCUUACGCUGGUUAGCACUGGUAGCGCUGUCAUUCAUUGCUCCGUGUAUGUGCUGCUACCUCCCCUUGAGAGCAUGCCAUCACUGCGGUGAGGCGUGUGGGUGCUGUGGAGGGAAGCAUAAAGCUGCAGGAUGAAUCAGUCUUGUGCCAAACAGAGCUGAAAAUCUUUGUUUCCAGGAAGCAUCUAACUUGGAUUUGUGGAAGCUUUUUGGCGAGCCGAAGGGAAUCUUCUUUCACGUAAGAGAUGCUCGAUGUGGAAGAAGCAACAAGACUUGUCAGACCUUGGCAUUUUACAAGUGCUAGCCACGCCUAACUGUUUCCUUUGAGCGCGUGGCAUUUGUUCCGAGUUGUGAAGGAGAUUUUGCAAAGGAAAGCCUGUUCUUAUUAUUGGCUAUAAAAUGAGUAUAUAAACUAUGAUUAUACUAAAAGGGAUUAACUUUUGCCACUUUGUACAUUCAUGGUUUAGGUGAGGGGGCUCUUUUAAAAGGAUUAAAACUUACCUGAGGGGAAAUUUUAACUAAAAGUGCACUAGUGACAGUUGAUUUAAGAUUAAGAAAAGUUAAUACUCGGCAAAUGAGAAAUGAAACUGAUUUUAAGUGCAACUAAAUCACUUAUUAAUAGUUUUUUGGAAGCGACUUUAUGUAUAAAUAACAAAUGUUUAUAUUUAACUAAAUGUGUAAGGUACGAAUUAUUACAUGUUAAACUUCCCUUCCCUCUGGUCUAGUAGGUAUGGACCAUAUCUACUGUCACAUUCCAUUGUAGUACUUUAAAUAUUUAAUUAGUUAAUUUAGUUGCAUUUUUAUUCCAGAUGGACAAAUUGAUAUUUUCAGUCCUGUUUCCCUUCAGCUACAGUUUGUGUUGAGUUGUAUCCAUACAUUCUGAUAAUCUAAAAACUUUUAAAAUAUUAAUUAUUCUAGUCUUGAGUGACCAAUAUUUUUUGUUAAGCACAGAUGUAAUUGUCUAAAAUGUUCUUGUUAGAACAUAACAUUUAUUUUUAUAUAUAAAUGACUUUGAUUUCAACAUAAUAGCAAAAAGGAAGUUGUUUCUGUUGCUCAACCAGCAAGUUGUUUUCUUUUGGGGUGUCCUCCAAAAAAUACUUUAUUACAUAUACAGAUGUUCAUUAAGCAAAAGGUACAUUAAGGCAGUUGUAACGAGUUGUCACCAGUGUUCUUGUUUAUCUUUCUGUUAAACUAGGAUCCUGUUCAACUGUUUAUCGAGUACUAUGAUUAAAACAAAAGAUUAAUAACAAAAGUGAAAUGGUUUUCAUUAUUUUGAACUGCAAUUUUUUCUUACUUGAAAGUGCAGGAACAAAACUACUGGUUUUGAAUGAAGGAAAGGCAACAGAAGACUUGAGAAAUAAGCCCAGGCAAAACUGGAGUCAAGUUAAUGGAGUGAAUUUGGAGGGAGGCUGGGCAGUGGGUUGGGGGAGCGCGGGUAUGCACACGUCAUGCUGUGCAUGAUAUUUGUUACAGCUUUGUAUUCACUAAGUGUUCAAUUUUCAGAAAAUAAUUAGCCAAUUAACCCUUAAAGAAUUUUUUAAAACAUAAUGUGUUUUGCUCUGUCGUGAAGUAGGAAGCAUUUGCUUCUCAUUAAAAAUAUGUAAGACACUAAAAAUAAUCAUUCAUAGGGAAAGUGCCAGUUGGCUAGAAUGGGAGUAUCCAUGUUAAACACAAUUGAUUUGAAAAGAUGCACAUAAUUUUUCUCACCCUAUGUAUUUUUCACUGUUGUUGUGUAGUUCGGUGCCCUUCGUUUUCUUUUGUAGCCCAGAAUUAAAAGAAGCAAAUGUGUAUAACAUUGUCUGUCUGUAAAAUACUUUUUAAAAGAAAACACUUAUAUUUAUAUUACAGCUUGAAUUGACCAUAUUAUGUACAUAGUUCAUCUCAAAGUAUUAUUUCACAUUGAAAAGAAGAAACAUUAUUGAUAACUGUAGAAGUUACGAAAGAGCUUCCAGUUUUGUAAUGAGUUGGUUGGAUGAAUUAAGUCCAAGAAUACGAUGCUGUAGCAGCAGUCUUGCUUUUUACUGUUUAUAUAUUUGCUGCUGCUCUGGUUGAUUGUCAUGCUUCACACGUUUUCAGCAAAACUUGGUUUCCUGGAAUAGACUGUUAACUUUAU